CAGGUUGGACUGGUUCUGACGUCUCUCUGACUCUGAAGUUAUGAACUGGGACGGCGUCUUCACAUCAAAUGCACAUCGACUUCAGGACUGACGAGGGACAACGAGCAGCUUCUUGUCUCCCAGUGUCUCCUGGACACAUGAAGGAGGACCGGGUCUGGAAACUGACCUGAAGAGACUUCAGCAGCAGGUGUGGACUCUGCUAUGAGUCAGUGUGAGGACAGCGAGGAGGGACCCCCUCCCUCUAAAACCACUCUGUGGGGGGACCAUGACAGCCAGACCAAAGCUCAGAGGAUGCAGCAGCAGAAACCUGGACCUGGACCCAGCUGUGUGUCCAUGAAGAGUGACCGGUCUAUGUAUCGUCCUAUUGACUUUAAAGAUGGACAAGCUGCUGAUGGAAGUCUGCAGCAAAGACCUGAACCAGGACCUGGACCCAGCUGUGUGUCCAUGAAGAGUGACUGGUCUAUGGAUCGUCCUAUUAACUUUAAAGAUGGACAAGCAGCUGAUGGAAGGAUGCAGCAGCAGAAACCUGGACCUGGACCCAGCUGUGUGUCCAUGAAGAGUGACCGGUCUAUGGAUCGUCCUAUUGACUUUAAAGAUGGACAAGCUGUUGAUGAAAAAGUUCACCAGGAGAGCUCAGAGGGCCUCGGUGGUCAGUCUGACCUGCAGCAGCAAACAGACCUGGACUCCAUAUUUAUGCUGCUGGAGGAGAACAUCGUCACUUUUGUAAAGAACGAGCUGAAGAAGAUUCAGAAGGUUCUACGUCCAGAUUACCCAGAAUGCCUAGAGAGUGAGAGGGAGGAUAAGGAGGUUUUGGAGGGUGAAGAUGAAGAGCAGAGGAGGAGGAGCAGAGAAGCAUUUCUGAAGAUCACACUGCACUUCCUGAGGAGAAUGAAGCAGGAGGAGCUGGCUGACCGUCUGCAGAGCAGAAGUCAUUCUGGAGUUUGUCAGCGUAAACUCAAGACUAACCAGAAGAUAAAGUUCCAGUGUGUGUUUGAGGGGAUUGCUAAAGCAGGAAACCCAACCGUUCUGUAUCAGAUGUUCACAGAGAUCUACAUCAUGGAGGGAGGGGCUGCAGGGGUCAAUGAAGAACAUGAGGUCAGACAGAUUGAAACAGCAUCCAGGAAACCAGACAGACCAGAAACAAUAAUCAGAUGUGAAGACAUCUUUAAAGCCCCACCUGGAAGAGAUGAACCAAUCAGAACCGUGAUGACAAAGGGAGUGGCUGGCAUCGGGAAAACAGUCUUAACACAGAAGUUCACUCUGGACUGGGCUGAAGGCAAAGCCAACCAGGACAUCCAGUUCAUAUUCCCAUUCACCUUCAGAGAGCUGAAUGUGCUGAAAGAGAGAAAGUUCAGCUUGGUAGAACUUGUUGAUUACUUCUUUAGUGAAACCAAAGAAGCAGGAAUCAGCAGGUUUGAAGAGGUCCAGGUUGUCUUCAUCUUUGACGGUCUGGAUGAGUGUCGACUUCCUCUGGACUUCCUCAACACUGAGAUCCUGACUGAUGUCACAGAGUCCACCUCAGUGGGUGUGCUGCUGACAAACCUCAUCAGGGGGAAUCUGCUUCCCUCUGCUCGCCUCUGGAUAACCACACGACCUGCAGCAGCCAAUCAGAUCCCUGCUGAGUAUGUUGACAUGGUGACAGAGGUCAGAGGAUUCACUGACCUACAGAAGGAGGAUUAUUUCAGUAAGAGAUACAGAGACAAGAAGCAGGCCAGCAAAAUCAUCUCCCACAUCAAGACAUCACGAAGCCUCCACAUCAUGUGCCACAUCCCAGUCUUCUGCUGGAUCACUGCUACAGUUCUGGAGAAGGUGUUGGAGACCAGAGAGGGAGGAGAGUUGCCCAAGACCCUGACUGAGAUGUACAUCCACUUCCUGGUGGUUCAGUCCAAACUGAACGUUAAAUAUCAUGGGAAAUCUGAGGUAGAUCAACACUGGAGUCCAGAGUCCAGGAAGAUGAUUGAGUCUCUGGGAAAACUGGCUUUUGAGCAGCUGCAGACGGGCAACCUGAUCUUCUAUGAAUCAGACCUGACAGAGUGUGGCAUCGAUAUCAGAGCAGCAUCAGUGUACUCAGGAGUGUUCACACAGAUCUUUAAAGAGGAGAGUGGACUGUACCAGGACAAGGUGUUCUGCUUCGUCCAUCUGAGUGUUCAGGAGUUCCUGGCUGCUCUUCAUGUCCAUCUGACCUUCACCAACUCUGGACUCAACCUGCUGGCAGAAGAACAAACAACCUCCCGGCUAUCUAAAGUCUUCAGAGUCAAACCUAAAUUAAACCAUCUCCAUCAGAGUGCUGUAGACAAGGCCUUACAGAGUCCAAAUGGACACCUGGACUUGUUCCUCCGCUUUCUCCUGGGUCUUUCACUAGAGACCAAUCAGACUCUCCUACGAGGUUUUAUGACACAGACCGGAAGUAGCUCAAAGACCAAAAAGGAAACAGUCAAGUACAUUAAGACAAAGAUCAGUGAGAAUCUGUCUGCAGAGAGAAGCAUCAAUCUGUUCCACUGUCUGAAUGAACUGAAUGAUGGUUCUCUAGUGGAGGAGAUCCAACAGUCCCUGAGUUCAGGAAGUCUCUCCACAGAUAAACUGUCUCCUGCUCAGUGGUCAGCUCUGGUCUUCAUCUUACUGUCAUCAGAAGAAGAUCUGGACUUGUUUGACCUGAAGAAAUACUCUGCUUCAGAGGAGGCUCUUCUGAGGCUGCUGCCAGUGGUCAAAGCCUCCAACAAAGCUCUGCUGAAAGACUGUAACCUGUCAAAGAGAAGCUGUGAAGCUCUGUCCUCAGUUCUCAGCUCCCAGUCCUCUAGUCUGAGAGAGCUGGACCUGAGUAACAACGACCUGCAGGAUUCAGGAGUGGACCUGGUGUUGGCUGGACUAAAGAGUCCACACUGCAGACUGGAAACUCUCAGGCUGAGUGGCUGUGAACUUUCAGAGAGAAGCUAUGAAGCUCUGUCUUCAGUUCUCAGCUCCCAGUCCUCCAAUCUGAGAGAGCUGGACCUGAGUAACAACGGCCUGCAAAAUUCAGGAGUGAAGCAUCUGUCCUCUGGAUUGGAGAGUCCAAACUGCAGACUGGAAACUCUCAGGCUGAGUGGCUGUGAACUUUCAGAGAGAAGCUGUGAAGCUCUGUCCUCAGUUCUCAGCUCCCAGUCCUCUAGUCUGAGAGACCUGGACCUGAGUAACAACAACCUGCAGGAUUCAGGAGUGAAGCAUCUGUCCUCUGGAUUGAAGAGUCCACACUGCAGACUGGAAACUCUCAGGUUAAGUGGCUGUAAGCUGUCAAAGAAAAGCUGUGAAGCUCUGUCCUCAGUUCUCAGCUCCCAGUCCUCUAGUCUUAGAGAGCUGGAGCUGAGUAACAAUGACCUGCAGGAUUUAGGAGUGAAGCUGGUGUUAGCUGGACUAAAGAGUCCACACUGCAGACUGGAAACUCUCAGGCUGAGUGGAUGUAACCUGUCAGAGAGAAGCUGUGAAGCUCUGUCCUCAGUUCUCAGCUCCCAGUCCUCUAGUCUGAGAGAGCUGGACCUGAGUAACAACAAUCUGCAGGAUUCAGGAGUGGAGCUGAUGUCUCCUGGACUGAAGAGUCCACACUGCAGACUGGAAACUCUCAGUCUCUCAGGCUGUAUGAUCUCAGAGGAAGGCUGUACUUCUCUGGCGUCAGCUCUGAGCUCCAACCCCUCCCAUCUGAGAGAGCUGGACCUGAGCUACAAUCAUCCAGGAGACUCAGGAGUGAAGCGGCUUUCUGCUUUACUGGAGGAUCCAAACUGCAGACUGGACACUCUCAGGGUGGACCAUGGUGGACCACAGAGACUGAGACCUGGUCUGAGGAAGUAUGUCUGUGAACUGGAACUGGACACAAACACAGUACACAGAAGACUCAAACUGUCUGACAACAACAGGAAGGUGAUACAGGUGGAGGAGGAUCAGUCAUAUCCUGAUCAUCCAGACAGAUUUGACUGCUGGUAUCAGCUGCUGUGUAGAGAUGGUCUGACUGGUCGCUGUUACUGGGAGGUCCAGAGGAGAGGAAAGGUUUAUAUAUCAGUGAGUUACAGAGGAAUCAGAAGGAAAGGAGACAGUAUAGACUGUUUGUUUGGAUGUAAUGAUCAUUCCUGGAGUCUGGUCUGCUCUGAUGAACAUGGUUACUCUGUCAGGCACAAUAACAGAGAAACAGUCCUCACGUCCUGCUCUGUCUCUAACAGAGUAGCAGUGUAUGUGGACGUUCCUGCUGGCUCUCUGUCCUUCUACACAGUCUCCUCUGACUCACUGAUCCACCUCCACACCUUCAACACCACAUUCACUCAGCCUCUCUAUCCUGGGUUUUGGGUCGGCUCUGGUUCCUCAGUGUCUCUGUGUCCUCUGCAGGACUGA